AUGACUGGUUUUUCUAAACUUCUGCCCGUGCAAAAGUUUCGAGCUGCGAUCAACCGCAGAAAGGCGGCCGCCAAGGUCCAAUCUCGCGACCUGCCGGGGUCCUCCUCGUCUAUAGGCUUGACCCAUGCCGAUCCUCCAAUCCCCUCCCCGUGGGGCCUCCCAGUCGAGAUCCAAAUCCAAAUCUUUGGGUACUGCGGGACUGCCGAUUAUCUCCCGCUGAGACUCGUCUGCAGGCCCUUCAAUGAGCUCCUCACAAGACAUGAACACGAAAUCGUACGGCAGUACCUCCGCCAGCGCCGCCAUGGCACUCUCCCCUCGCCAAUCGACCACGAGCGAACAUAUACCCGCAAUCCGGAAGACGAUGUGCUCUUGCUGUCCGACCUUUUCCCUCCGUCAAAGAGCGCCAGAGGAGGGCAUCUUUAUACAUUUCGAUACCUGAACGGCCUGCGACAAAGACAGAAGCAGUCUUCAAGGCUAUGUUAUUACCUCGCAGACCGCAUCAUGGACCGGUUCGUCCAUAGCGAGCCCAUUUUCUUGAGAACCUCUUUCCCCUCGAAGAAAACGGAACGGAGUGCCUUGAUGAAGCGAGGGAAAGCUAGCAUGUGGUUUCAUUUAGCGCCAAUCAUGUACUACAUCUUGUACUACCUCGAGUCGUACAUGUCUGCUCGACGGGAGAACACCAACAUGCUUCUCCGUGAAUACGAAGCCGGCCGCCUCACAGUACCCAUCACCCUUCGCACGCGCCAACAGAUGUACCACGACAUUCAAACGCGGAUCCUCCAGAAACCCCCCUUCACCAACACAACGGCCCUGCUUGCGACCCACCACUGCAUGCAUCUGCUAGUUUCUUACAUCCGGUACACAAUGGGGUCAGAAACCGAGAUAGAUGAUUCGUGGAUCAGCUCGCUGCUCACGGUAGCGCCGUUCGGGCGCAUCGUCGAAUUCUUUUCCGCCGAGAUUGGAGACGGGGGCAAUCAGCGCAUGCAACGGAAGGACUUCAUGUAUAAUUUCCACCACGAUAUGACAGCGCAUAGGAAAGAUCAUAUGAACUCUGUUAUCUUUGGUCGGUCUUCGGACCAAAAUAUUCACACCUCGGUCAGAGAGCUCUGGUUCGAUGCGGCCCGGACAGAGCUGGCUUCCAGACAGGCGGUUCCUCACGAGAUUGAAGUUGCUUGGUGUUGGAAUUCUAUUCCAAUAUUGUUUGGCUGCGCUGAUUGUCAGCCACGAGAGGGGUGGAAAGCAUGA